UUUCUUUCCAGAACCGGAGCUUGUUUCCCCCGCUGGAUCUACGCAUUUGUUCCUUCUCCUCGACUGUCAACGGUGCAUUCAGGGUCUGCUCGUCCGCUGGAGAAAUGGCUACAACCGUGACACUAAACACCGGUGCGCAAAUGCCCAUCGUGGGACUGGGCACGUGGAAGUCUCCCCCUGGCAAGGUCACCGAGGCGGUGAAAGCAGCCAUCUCAGCGGGUUACCGGUACAUUGACGGAGCGUAUGUCUACGAGAACGAGGCGGAGGUGGGAGAGGGUGUCCGGGCCAUGAUCAAGGAAGGCGUGGUCAAGCGAGAGGAUCUCUUCAUUGUCAGCAAGCUGUGGAGCACUUUUCAUGAGAAGUCUCAGGUGAAGCAAGGCUGCGAGAAGACCCUCAGUGACCUUAAACUGGACUACCUCGACCUCUUUCUCGUGCAUUGGCCCAUGGGUUUCAAGGCCGGCAGUGAGCUUAUCCCUUUGGACAGCGCAGGAGAGACGAUCAGUGACGAUACUUACUUCCUGGAGACAUGGGAGGGAAUGGAAGAGCUGGUGGACGCCGGCUUGGUCAAAGCUAUCGGUGUCUCCAACUUCAACAAGGACCAGAUUGAAGCCAUUCUCAACAAGCCAGGCCUCAAGUACAAGCCUGCCGUUAACCAGGUGGAGUGCCACCCGUACCUGACCCAGGAGAAGCUGAUCAACUACUGCCACUCUCAGGGCAUCGCCGUGACGGCCUACAGCCCGCUGGGCUCCCCUGACAGACCCUGGGCUAAACCUGAAGACCCCUCACUGCUGGAAGAUCCCAACAUUAAAGCCAUAGCUGAGAAGCACAAGAAGACACCCGCUCAGGUCCUGAUCCGCUUCCACAUCCAGAGGAAAGUGAUCGUGAUCCCCAAGUCGAUCACACCUCACCGCAUUCAGGAGAAUUUCCAGGUGUUUGACUUUGAACUAACUGAGAAGGAGAUCAAGACCAUAGUCGGAUUCAACAGGAACUGGAGAGUCUGUCCCAUGCAAUGGAGCUUGAAGCACAAGGACUAUCCAUUCAGCACUGAGUUCUGAAAUGGAUAAAAAUGCAGAUGUUUCCACAGGUUUACAUUGGGGUACUGGAUUUUGCAUCUCUUAGCUGCUCGCUUCGCUAUUUCUUAAGUGCAGUUUGCAAAACAUGUGUGGCCUUGAUUCAGAUUUUUAUUUGAAUAUAUUUCUCAGGAGAAAUAUUCUUCAGGAAUCCAUUUUGUCUCCACGAAAAUCAGUUUUCCUUUAUUAAAUCCCAAUUUGAGAUGCUCAUUUGACACAAAUCAUGACCAUUGGGUAUGAGUUUUGCACUAGUAUAUUUCAGUGUUCAUGUCCUUUCUAUCAGCCAGCAGACAAGUGUCUUAGCUCCCUUGAUUUUUUUUUUUUGGCUGUCUUGCCGAGUCUUACUGUAGAGUAAAUUCUAGGGUGUUACUUUGCCGUUCAGUACAGAUUCACUCAUUUUAAAGUGUGUAACAGCUCUGAGAACAGAAUUAGCAUGGACCUCAGUCAUUGUAUUAUUUGUCGUUUUACAAUUGGCACGUUUGAGGAAAAAAAAGUUUAUUCUCAUAAAAGAUCAAAUCUGUAUUUAAGAUGACACAUUUUUCACAACACAGAUCUUUAAAGCACUCCUCAUUUGACUAAACUUGUUUUUCCUUUAUGUCAGCACUUAUAAAUGCAAAUUAAAAACACUAUUUACUCUGUCAUCCGAAGACAAGUCAAGGUAUGUUCUGCUUUUUACAGAGUAUUUCUCAUAUUUACUUGUGAGUCAUAGAUGGUGCUUUAACAUCAUGUGUGUUAACCCUGUUGUGAAAUUGUCACUUCCACUUCUCGUGGGAGCUGUUUUUUGUUAAGCAUCAAAAUAAAGUCCUGUGGGAGAAAAUAUAA